AUGGCCCACUUCUUCAGCGAGUUUGACAGCGAAUCCAAGACGUACGAGAUGCUCAUCGACUCCUUCCGCCUGCGCUGCGACGAUGACUACGCCCACGGCGGACAUCACCACGGCAUCUAUGGCCAGAACCCCCCACUGCCGGUGUUCCGUGAUUUCCUGGCCCGCGCAAAGGAACAUGGGAUGCUGCCCGCAUGGUGGAACGAGGACAAGGAGAGGGAGUGUGUGCGCAUGGCCGUCGAGGACGAACACUUCAACAUCGAGUUCGCCGUGGAGAAACACGAUAUCCAGGAGCACUACAAGGACAACAUGAUGCCGAUGACGCUGCGCAUGGCGGCCGAGAACGUGUACGGCGGCGGCUAUGGCAUGGGCCAGAGACCAAUGCCCGACGAUUACGAGUGUCAGUGUUCAGGGAUUUUUGGAUAUUGA